UACAUUUCCUAACAUAGGAGGGAAUUCUUUUUCCGGUCUGGAGGUCUGUGCCAAUUGCAAAACAGAAGUCACUCGAAAGGGAUUAGCUAGCUUGCUAGCAGGUGAAAUCUCUUUAGAUGUUGGGAUCUGUGCUACAUUAGCUACCUUGAACAGUGCUGACACAUCGAGGUAUUGGAUUCAUUGUUAUAUAUCACUGUUAAUUGCGUUACUCAAAACGAUAAUUGGUAUUGCGACAAACAGCGAGUAAUAGAGCUGAAACCCCAGCUGUUGCCAUGGCAAUCCUAUUUGCUGUGGUGGCUCGUGGAACCACCAUCCUGGCAAAGCAUGCAUGGUGUGGCGGCAACUUCCUGGAAGUGACUGAACAGAUUUUAGCCAAAAUCCCAUCAGAGAAUAACAAAUUGACCUACAGCCAUGGCAGCUAUCUCUUUCAUUACAUCUGCCAUGACAGAAUCAUAUACCUGUGUAUCACUGAUGACGACUUUGAGAGGUCGCGUGCAUUCAGCUUCCUCGGUGAAGUCAAGAAGCGCUUCCAGACUACGUACGGGUCGCGAGCUCAAACGGCCCUGCCUUACGCCAUGAACAGCGAGUUCUCCUCAACACUGGCAGCUCAGAUGAAACACCACUCCGACCCACGAGGGACAGAUCGUGUCACUGAGACUCAGAUGCAAGUGGAUGACCUGAAGGGCAUUAUGGUCCGCAACAUAGACUUGGUCGCUCAGAGAGGAGAGAAGCUGGAGUUGCUGAUCGACAAGACAGAAAAUCUGGUUGACUCAUCGGUCACAUUUAAGACCACAAGUCGUAACCUGGCACGAGCCAUGUGUAUGAAGAACCUCAAGCUGACUGUUGUCAUUGUGCUUGUGUGCCUGGUGGUCCUUUACAUCAUCGUUUCUGCUGCCUGUGGAGGCCUCAGCUGGCCCACUUGUGUCAAAUGAGAGAAAGGGGAAAAAAGUAAGAGGGGGAGAAGCGCCUGUUCACCUCUGCCUGCUAGCGGACACAAAAGAAAACACGACUUUCCUUCCUCUACUCCUUUAGCUUCAACAUCCCUGGAAGACACAUGCUGCUCCUCCUCCUGCCUCCUUCCUCGUCCCCCUCUUUGAUAGCGUGCACAUUGACUUGCCUUCUGGACAAGGAGUCCCACCUCUGACCCACUCUAAUGACAGCAGCCAUGUGGCCUAAAACUGAUGUGGAACAAUCAUUUUGUCUUUGUACAUUCAUCCUGUCUCAUGCACUUAGUGGCCUGAUGUAUCAGUUUGUGAUACUGUCCUGCAUCUAUCUCUGUAUUUAAUCCAUUCAGACUGAUACCGUAAUGAGCCACAAAGAUGACAGAUUGCUUUGUUAUUGUCCUGCUUUUCCAUUGAUGUCAACAGAGACAUAUGCAACUAUAGGUAGCAUGUUACAAAUCCAUCGAGAAGGAAUCCCACAAUAAAGUGUCUGGUCCUCUGUUAUAUAACUGAAAACUAAUUUUUGACAAAACCAAUGCAGUAUACAGUAUGUGUCAAGUGGCAAAUGUCUAAUGUACCAUGGUGGUAGUGUCUCAUGAAUGCCACUUUUUGCUCAAAAACAUAGAAUUUUAUGAUUUAUUUUAGUUUAAUCGCCAAGCACAGUAGUAUAUUCUAAAAAUGGCUGUUGUAAAAUACCAAAUAUGAUCAAAUAAAUAUUGUAAAUUUGAUUGAUAUCACUGACUCAGAAGAUGUAAUGGUUCUUUUAAAUCAAGCCUUAGUUUAUCUAAUUUAUCUUAAAUGUUUAUCUCACCCUUUCAUCCGUUACCUCUGCUAGGAUGUGUUCAGUGUGCCCAUAUGUUCUUUCUGUUAACACGAUGCACUUUCUAUAUUGUACAUAGAUUUGCUUCCUGGCAUAACAAUGGUUUAUAAUCAUGUAAUUAUUUAAUUAUUGUAACUCCAGUUUUGAAAUAAUAAAAUCUGAUGGUAUCAAG